AACUACUGUGCUGAACCGAAAAUCGAAGAACAUGUAAUGAAUGUCACAUCUGACACUGUGGCAUGUCGGAUACCAAAACUUGACCCAUUUCACCCUCACGCCAUGAAGCUUGUGGAAGACCUUAGUAACCCAUUACGUUGUAAAACUGAACAGAAAGCUAUUUUAAGUGGUGGAGAGUUAAAUAUUACUGGUAAGCAACACUAAUUACAAGGGAAAAGUUAUUAUUGACAAGUGCAGUGUGAAAGAUUUUCAACUAUCUGAAAAAAAAUAAGCAGAACUUUGAAGUCGAGUGAAGGCCUUUCGCCGAGAACUUACUUCCCAAAGAGUUCUGUUCUCCUGUCUACCUACACUUGUACCGACCGCUUGGGAAAGUCAUUACUCUAGAAACACCGGUUAAAAUUGUCCUGGUUAUCCUAGGAAUAAAUCUAUUUCGGACAAUUUAACAUUCUUGUAUAAAUUUCCUUGUUAUUUUAACCUUUUCCCAAGCACCCGCGCGCGUUGGUGUAAUUUCUGUUGCCUCUGUAUUUACACCGCAAAGCAAUCUCGUUCCCUGAGCCUGCGAUCCUCGGGAAGGAACGCGAGGCUCUGGGAUAAUCCGUUGCCGGAAGCCAGGAAUCCUGGCUAAGAUUGAACUAUAAUUGAACUACGCAUUCCAUUUCAACGGCCAAUCAGAUUCCUCCCUGAAACGGAUUAUCCCAGAGCCUCACGUUCCUUCCCGAGGAUCGCAGGCUCGGGGAACGAGAUUGACCAAAUAGGUGUAAAUUGUGUAAGGUUUAAAAGGAUAAUAUAAUCAACCAGGAAUAUUAAGUUAACAAAGAAAUUUUAACCAGGGCGUUUUUAGAGUGUAUAUAAUUACAAUAUAAAGUAGAGUUUCUAAUAGUACAAGCUAUUCAAGAUUUCAACUUAUCUCGAGCUCACAGGAGUAUAAUCGAGGUGUUUUUAUGACAUUUAGUCAAUCACAUUAGUCAAUCUGCCUUUUUAGAGCUUCAGCAGCACUAAAAUUUUACUAGAAUACCCUUUGCAUAUAUGGAAAUAAAAAUGGGGUAUUUUAUUAAAUUGAAUGCCUCAAAUAUCUUCAAUCAGAAGGCUAGGCCAGUAGCACAUUACCGUGUAAAUUUGACAUUGGAUCACCCUAUACGUACGUCGUCGUAUUAGAUGCAGCGCGUGAUUCGAUUAUCAUAUCACCCGGUUGAUUCGAUCAUAUGUAUACCCCCGGUCGACAUGAAUUCCGAAGUCCACGCGAGGCGAUCACGCAUACAAGUUUACCGAAAGUAUAAGGAGAUGAAAAAAAUAUGGAAAUAUCAUCACUUCGGGUGACAUAUGCAGCUGAUUAAAAUACCUUAAUUCAUAUAAUUUAAUUGUCAGUAAAGACUAGGAAAUUGAAUAUAUAGAAGAGCUAGCUAGGAAUUAGGAAUUCCACCUAUAAUAUAUUGUUUUAAGCAGUAUAGAAUUGCCCAGCUUAUGUAAUGACUAAUUUUAGUCCAUUUAAGUGUAUAGUCAGUUUGUUAAUUUAUAAGAUAAUAAUAACACAUUCGAUUGCCUAUUGAGACGAGAAGCGUGCACUGAAGAACUUGCUCUAAUUUUAGGUACAGAUGUAGCACACGCCUCCUACCGAUAUAUAAGUCGAACUGACGACGACUUUUCAUUUCUGAUAAGCGACCCCAUAAAAAUCCUUACUUGGAAACAGUUUCCAGUGCCUCAUGAGUACAUUGAGCUGACUUUGAUACUCACAAAUGGAAAUGAAUUAAAGGAAUAUCUUCUGCAAGUGGUUCCAAAAAAGGAAAUAAUAUCAAGACCAUCACCUGCAUCAGAACUAGAUUUAAAUGUCCUCAUUAUUGGUAUUGAUUCUAUCUCCAAUGGCCAUGCACAACGAAAACUUCCAAAAUCCUACAAUUACAUACGCAAUGUUCUUGAAGGAUAUGUGUUUAUGGGACAUAGUGUGGUAGGAGAUGGUACUACGGAACAAUUGGCGGCAUUUUUAACUGGCCAGGGAGAACAAGAGUACGCUGAAUCAAGACGAGGAAAACGGAAUGCUAAGCCUGUAGAUAACUGGAAUUGGAUAUUCAAGAAAGCCAAAGGUAACAUUAUUAACUAUUACCAACUUCGUUCCCCGAGUCUUCCUGCUUGGGGAGAACGAAGUUGUACAAUUACAAGAUUUGUACACCUUAACCGAUUUAAAAUGUCAUCAUUUUUCCAUGACUCUCCAUCACUCCUCCAUGACCAUUUUUCAAACUGAUUCAUAACUUCUGAAAUAUUGGUAAAUAAAGAAGGUUCAAAUAUCCAAUGGAAACACCCAGUAAAACCUUUACAUGCAGCUAUAGAAACUACCAUUCACCAUUUCACCGUAGUUUAUUGUCUUUUCGUUCAUGUGACUGCCCAAAUGCAUGGAAAGAAUUAAAAGAAAUUUGCAUGCAAAAUAUCACCGAAUAUCACGUCAUCUUUAACGUCCGCGUCCACGGUCUAAAUCUGUCUAUUGUUCGAAGUCUACGGUAUUUACCGCGCAGAUACAUCAAGGGUGCAGCGAACGCGCCAGCAAAUCACAAAAGGUCACCCUCCCUCCGGAAUUCUACGCUAUGGAAUUUAAAGCAUAGUUCACAUAAUAAUUAUACAGGGUGAGUAAAAAAAAACUGACACCUUUGUUAUUCAAAUUAGCCGCGAAGGUAUCAGUUUUUUUUACUCACCCUGUAUGCCUGUGGUAUGCCUGCGACGUAUAGUUGCCGUAUUCCCACAGGAAAGCUGCACGCAGGCAAGUUUUGACUACCGCCAAUAGACCGGCGACAAUUUGCCGAAACAGUUAUGAAUUCCCGUCAAAAUCCUGAAUCAUAUACCCAUAUUUUGACGUGACAUUCCUCCGCUUUUUUCCAGCCCUGCUCAAUAUAUAGUGGGAUAUAUUGAGCCUAUGCAUGUCGCAGCGUCGGGAAAGCGUUUACAUAUCGAAAAUUGUCGCCGGCACGACGCCGUACACUCCCGUUUUACCGCCGACAUGCCAGGGAAUUUGAACUCAACUUUACCGGCAUAAAGGCGAUCGGUCAAUCAUGUCGGUGACUGCCUGUGACAGACGAGUGUUCUGCGCGCGCCACAGGUACAGUCUCCGGCCACGUCGCAGGCAUAUGUAACCAGGCUAUAUGAUCAAUAUAACCCACUUUACUUUGCUUUCAUACAGCACAUGGUUACGUGACAUCAUUUUGUGAAGACUCGCCUGGUAUAGGAACUUUUCAAUACAGACUACUUGGUUUUAAAGAUCCACCAACCGAUUAUUAUCCACGAGCAUUUUUCAUGGCAGCACAUGACGGUGCACAUUCCAAGCGGAAUCCACAUUGUUAUGGCAGCGAGAAAAUAUAUAAUUAUCAUUUGGACUUAGCGAGAAAAAUCUACGAACAAUAUCCUCAACGGAAGAAAUUUCUCUUUCAUUUUCCAGGUAAAAUACAAUUAAUUGCAACAUUGUACGUAACUCUAGACAACCUAUAGGAAAGAUUCAACACUGCAUGGGAAACGUUGCAAAACCCAAUAUUUUUUGUGAAAACAUUGUUUCCUGGUUCCUUCGGGAAAUGUCGCUAGAAACAAUACUUCCGGGGAACAUACCUAAUUUUAGUGUGCAGUGAUAACCAAUUUGUGCAGUGAUAAAAUGUAAAAUGUGCAGUGAUAAAAUUUGCUUUGAUAAGUUGUAUAAGUAACACAAGAAAAUGAGAUAAUGAGAAGAAAAACUGAACUAAUCCGGCGAAACAUUUUGAAUGAGAAUGAUUUAAUUGAAAUUGAAAUGAUGACCGUCAAAUUAUCGAACGUCCGCACUAAUAACAUACAGUACUUAUAUGGUUCAUCAGAUGAACAAAGUCUCUCCCCAAAGAUCUCUUUAUGAGUUUGGAAGAUGGAGUGAAUGAUACUUAAGAUUUUGUAAUUUCUGUAUAAUUUUCAGAAAUCUAUAGAAUGUCCCCGCGCAUUGCAGGAGAAUAGGAAAUGCCCUUUUAUAGUGCCUAGAUUACAAAAUCGUCUGUGGGUGCAUGCCCCUGGAACUCCUCUAGAGGUUUGUCACGCCUAAGCCCGUAAGCCGCCUUUCAUUUGCCAAGACGAAAAUAUUUAUUUUCUUCAGUCAUGUUAUUAUGAAACUAAGCUGUCAUAGAUAGUCGUAACUGCAGGUGCUGUCAAGGCCGCCAAGAGGGGUGCAAUUUGCCCUGGGACCCCAGUUAAAGGGGGGCCCAAAUAAAGAAUUGCAGUGAAAUAUACAUAGAUACAACUGUCAACUAGACUUCCAGAAUGCAGGAUUUGGCGAUUUCUGGCACCUUAGAUUUCAAAAUUUUUCCGGGGGAUGCCCUCGGACCACUUAAUCAUAGUGUUACAACAUGGAAUCACGAGAGCCCCCAAGUCAAAAUUUGUCAUGGGCCCCCAAAUUUCCCUGAGUGCUGUGCAGUGUGAAUUGUAGCCUGCUUUGUUGUUACACAUUAUUAUAAGGGUGUGUUCAGAAAUUUUCAGGGUGUGCUUCUGCUCGGCUAAACUUUGCACAAAAAUGUGCAGUGAUAAAAAAUUCUUAAAAUUAGGUAUGCCGGGGAGAGGUGGAUGAAUAAGAAGAUGCAGAUGGGGAUAAAAGAGACAAAAAUGUAUAAUGUAGCCACGUUAUGACAGCUACCUUAUUCGUACUUAAUUUCGCGAUUUUUCCGAGGCAAUAUUUCGCGAGACUUUAUUUUCGCGAUUGUCCAUAGACGAAAAUAGAAAAAGGGCAUUAAAUUUCGCGAAAGCUUUCGGGACAACAUUUUAUUUUACUUAAAAAUUUGAACUACAACUUUCGAAACAAGUCAACAUAAGAUGUAUACACUGUGUGUAUACGGUAGUCCGCAAUGUUUUUGCCCAUCUUUAUUGCCGGUAACAAGACAAUAAUUUUUAUUAAGAAUUUUGUGAUUCAAAUUUUUGACAAGGGUAUUUGGUUUUGUGUGUGUAAAUUUCGCGAGGUUUUUUAUUCGCGCGACUGAUUUAAUUUCGCGAUUAAGUACGAUUGAGGUAUCUGGCUAAAUGCAGUUUGGAUUUUUAUAGGUGAAAUAUCACAUGACAGUUUUAAUUCAGUACAACUUAUCGACAACGAUCUGCUGCAGUUUCUCACAAAAUUUAACACGAAAGGAUAUUUAAAUAACACUUUACUGAUCCUGUUGGGUGACCAUGGUUGGAGAUAUGGUGACUUCAGGCAGACGGUACAAGGAAAAUUGGAGGAAAGACUUCCACUUUUUUCUAUGACAUUUCCAAAAUGGUUCAAACAGAAAUACCCAACUUUAGCAAAGAAUCUUAGGACUAAUACUAAACGGUUGACAAGUUGGUUCGACCUUUACGCCACGUUCAAUCACCUGCUGGACUAUCCAAAUAAGCCGAUGAAAUUGAAACAUGGUACGAGUCUACUGACGGAAGUACCACUGGAGCGUUCGUGUAAGGAUGCAAGCAUUCCACAACACUGGUGCCCAUGUGUGCAGUGGUCAGCGGUAGACCGCCAACACGAGCACUUACAGCAAGCUGCACUCAUAGCUAUAAAUCACAUUAAUGAUUUGAACUUCCAGGAGCCUUUGGGGGCCGAAAGAUGCUCACAACUUAGUCUUUUUAAGUUGUACAGAGCAGAGGUGGAGACACCAACUACACAAGUACUUAGAUUUCGAAGGUCGGGAAGAGAUGGCCGUAAAGCGGAGUUCUCGGGUAGCAUACGAGCAAAAGAUCAUUGUAGCUACCAGUUAACUUUUAUUACACUUCCAAAUCAUGGUGUGUUCGAAGCAAGCGUGCAUUACCUGUAUGGGCGGUUCCUUGUCAAGGGCAGCAUUAGCAGAAUUAACAAAUAUGGUGAUCAACCAAAAUGUAUAGCGAAUUUAUUACCUCAUUUAAGAAAAUAUUGUUAUUGUAAAUAA